GGCAUUUUGCUAUCAGAGCAACUCAAAGAUUCAUUCAGAAACAUCAUGAUAAAAACGGUUGUUGUCUACUUGCUGAUUGUGACUGGUGUGCAAACAAAGCAACUUUGCAAUAAUAGGAAUGUAACAGUUAUGGAGGGUCAGUCAGCUACGUUACGGUGUAACACUUCUGAAGAUGCAAAGAUAGCAUUAGUUGAAUGGAAGAAAUCCAGCAACAAAACAAGACUUGCCGUGUACAGUUCAAACAGUACAUAUUAUAAUGUUGAACGAAUAAAAAUGGAAGUCAAUCAUCAUUGUUCCACAAUCUCAAUUGAAGAAACUCUCAAAUCAGAUGAAGACUGGUAUUUUUGUAUAUUUCAGACCUUUCCAAAUGGAAAGCAAGAUUGCAAAAUAUAUUUGGAAGUAAAAGAAGAAGAGAAAUUCCAAGCCUCUUCCUAUCUAGUCAUUUACAUUGUCAUCAGUGUGGUUCUGGCAGUUCUAGUCAUUGGCAUGAUUCUCCUACUGAUACGCUAUGUUCAUCUGAGGAAGUCUAGAGUCAACAUUCCAAACCAAAUCAACAUUAUCCUGAAAAUCACAGAUGACACUGAUAACCAAGACAGCAAAUUACAGCUGAACAGGCCAAUGGUAACCAACAAUCAAUGUGAAGACACAGGCAUUGAUUAUAAUUAUAUGAGUGUCUCAUUGCAGUGAAAAUUUUCAGAUUCACCUGCAGACAAAGUAUUCACUGUUUUUGAGAAGGCUGGGUCAUUUUGUGCUUUUCCAUUGGUGAACCCAUGCACCAAAUAUUAGUGUAAGAAAAAAAAAUUAAGGAUAAGAUGCGAAUACUCAACACAUGUUGCUGUCAAUCAUACUUAGAUUUCCAAAGAUGCCAUUGUGUUUAAGAUAAUUCAUUGAUAUUGAAUUGCAUGUAAACUUUCAAAAUAUUCUGCAACAUUUGUAUAUUUUUGCAUAAAAAUCUGUUGUGAAAAUGAUCUGGUAUUUCUGGGUAAUUUCCAGACAUUGAUGCAAAUACUUAUUUGCCAGGGAAUCAUUUUAGCCAUAAAUGAUUUUGUUCAGGUAAAGUAUUAAAAAUAUAUACAGCAAUAUUCAAAUUAAACUUCUGAAGUCUUGCUUCAAACACAGGCAAAUGUGGAAAAAACUAAGACAUGAAAGCAUUGUACUAUGAUAUGAUUUACUUGUUUUGUUAAAAGAGGCUCAGUUACAUAGUUUUCAGUUUCUCACCUUGUCUCUAGAAGCCCUUUUCCUGGCCUGUCUCUAGGCUAGGACCGGAUUUGUUCAAUGUGAAUGCGGCAGUGUUAUUCUUCCGAAACAAUAAAAUCUGCCUCUGUCUCAACCCCCGUCCCACCCAAUAUACAAUGGCUUUUCCUUGAUAAGGAGAAGGCACAUUAAAGAUCACUGUGUGCUAGUAAUUUUGUGAUAUGUUUUGCUUUAUUAUCAAUUUAGUCUGCAAACAGUUUACAUGUCUAAUUCUUGACAAAGUUUUCUGUACCUUUCUUAAUGUACUGAAAGGGACUGUUGUGAAAGAGAAAUCCAGGCCUCCAAGAAUUCUUAACCUGGUUCAGAUUUAAUUAUUAAACAAUUUCCUAGUCAGUGGAGUCCAGCAGUGGCAGCCUUUGAUAAACAAUUGCACAUCCGUUUUCAGAUGUGAGCAAGAAACUUCAGAUUUGUAUAAAGGAUUUGCAAGGAUGUUGCUGGGAGUGGCUGAAUAGGCUAAAGCUAUUUUCCCUGGAGUAUCAGAGGCUGAGGGGUGACCUUCCAUAGAAUCCCUACGUGUGGAAACAGGUCAUUCGGCCCAACAAGUCCACACCAACCCUCUGAAGAGUAUCCCACCCAGGCUCACCACCCCCCACUAACCUAUCCCUGUAACUCUGCAUUUCCCAUGGCUAAUCCAUGUAUCCUACACAUCCCUGGACACUAGGGGCAAUUUUAGCAUGGCCAAUCUACCUAACCUGCACAUCUUUGGACUGUGGGAGAAAUUGGGAGCACCCGGAGGAAACACAUGCAGACACGGGGAGAAUGUGCAUACACCACACAGACAGUCGCCCAAGGCUGGAAUUGAACCCGGAUCCCUGGCACUGUAAGGCAGCAGUGCUAACCACUGAGCCACCGUGAUGUUCUAAUAGAGGUUUAUAUAAAAUCAUGAGGAGCAUGGACAGGGUCAAUAGCCAGGUCAUUUUCUUAGGGAAGGGGAGUCCAAAACCCGAGGGAAUAGGUUUAAGAUGAGAAGGGAAAGAUUUAAAAGGAAUGUGAGGGGCAACUUUUGCAUGCAGAGGGUUGUGCGUGUAUGGAAUGAGCUGCCAGAGGAAGUUGUGGAGGCUGGUACAAUUACAACAUUUAAAAGGCAUCUGGAUGGGUAUAUGAAUAGGAAGGGUUUAGAGGGAUAUGGGUCAAAUGCUGGCAAAUGGGACUAUAUCAUUUUAGGGUAUCUAGUUAACAUGAAUGAGUUGGACCAAAGGGUCUGCUUCUAUGCUGUAUAACUCUAUGACUCUAUUCUUACUGUGUAGAAAACAAUAGCAUGGUUUUUGAAAAAGCUUUCAAUUGCUACAAGAAAGUACAUGAUGCAGACGUAUUAAACAAGUGUCAAAAUUUCUUCAGAUUUUCCAAUUGACCAUCACUGUAUUGUAUUUUUCAUCGCCUUAUAUUUGCAUAAGCCUGCUAAAGACUGACAAGGAAGCACAGUAUCCACCCUUCAGGACAGCUAAACUUAUCAUGCAUUUUAACUUGUUCUGGACAUUUUUGUGUGGCUUUUAAACUGGUAGUGAUUCAAAGUGAUCAAUUUAAAGGAGUGUAAAUGAUGCUCUUUGAUGAAAAUCAUGAAUUAAAUUUUAUGCAGUACUUAUUACUUUUUCAUAAUAGGCAAGAUUAUUGUAUUCAGCUAAUAUUGUGUAUAUUAAAACAUUUUAAUAGAAUUUUAGAUCAAAAA